AUGGCAGAUAUGGCAGACGAUGAGCCCCAGUUCAGCAGCCUCAAGGAACGCAUCGCGGCGCUGAACCAGCAGAAAAACUUUGUUGGCGGCGGUCCAGAGUCCCAGAAACCCAAGACGGUCAGUAGCAAACCCACGCCUCGCGCGCGGCCUCCACCCCCGCCUACCCCGUCGGCGCACAUAGCCCCGGCGACGCCAUCUCAGCAGCAGCGCCCGCCACCUCUUCCGCGGCGCGACACGCAGGGCUCCCAGAGCGAUGCCGGGUCGGUGAAAGGCAAUGGUGCGCCGCCGCCUCUACCCAGCAGGACGGCCACGGCGCCGCCACCGAUGCCUGAGAGGCCAGUACGCGGGCCCAGCCAGCAGAAUCUGACGACUGCCAAUGGUGGGCGGCGCGGGUCAGCAUCGUCGGGCAUGUCGUCUGUCUCGACACUGUCGCAGACGCAGACCAUCUCGUCGGUCACAAGCCACGGGUCGGAGGGGCGGCGACUGCCACCGCCGCUGAGCCAGGCCAACCUGCCGCCGCUGCCGCCCACAAGGCGGGAGCUCGCUGCGGCGGGCAACGAUGAUGGCCCUGCUGUCGCUUCCCAAUCCUCGAGUCCGGCACUCCCGCCACGGCUGCCUGCUCGGCCUGAUGCGGCCGAGCGGACGGCUUCUACUGGUGGGACGGGUGCGGCGCAGACGACUCUCAAGGCGGCCAGCAUCCGUGGGUUUGGGAGUGGCAAGUCGGCGACGACAAAUCCUCCCCAGACGCAGCCGCAGGGAGACACGCCGCCGCCUGUCCCGAUGGGCACACGCCCUUCGGCUGCACAGAUUGACACUGCUUACAAGAGAGCCACUAACGGCCAGCCAAGCGCCCUUGACGAAUGCUGGGUAUGCAAGGACUGGAGCGGGCCGGAUGGCGUAGCCGCGCAGUUCCCGCGGAGCACAUUACCGCGCGGCGACCCGGUGGGACACCUCGCGCGCGGGCUGUGCGGACCAUUCCCCUCGUAUACGGAUAAGGCGCGCGCCAUCUUCACAUGGUUCUACCACAAUAUCCGGUACGACACGGUGGCCUUCUUCGGCAACAACGUCAGGCAUAUGUCGGUCGAGGAGACGAUAUUCGGCGGCAAGGCCGUCUGCCAGGGCUACGCGGAGACGUACAAGGCCAUCGCCAACCGGGCGGGCCUAGAAUGCGUGGUCAUUAGCGGGCACGGCAAGGGCUUCGGGCACACACCCCUAAAGGCAGGGGAGCGCGCGCCGCCACCCAAACCCGACGGCCACGCGUGGAACGCCGUCGGGAUCGACGGCGGGGUGUGGAAGCUGGUGGACGCUUGCUGGGGCGCCGGCCACCUGUGCAACGGCACGUACAAGCAGGAGUUCACGCCGGGCCACUUUAUCAUGACGAACGAUGAGUUUGGUGAGUCACACUUCCCCAGGGACCCGAGGAUGCAGUACCGCGACGACGGGCGCGUCGUCUCCUGGGAGGAGUACUUCGUCGGGCCCGGCGUCGGGGAGACGCCCGUCACCUACACCAAUGCCAAGCAGGAGGGCAUACUGGAGAAGAGCAUCGAGCCCAGGUCCAGGCAGAUCCCCGUGUACAGCGGCGAGACGGUACGCUUCCAGUUCUCCAAGGUAUGCCCGCACUGGCGGUCCGACACACACGGCCUCGGCCCCUCGCCGCUCCUGCUGCUGGCCGUGCAUGGCGUCGAUGGGCGCAGCGACGACAUGAUCCCCUUCAACACGGACGGAUACUGGCACUGGCUCGACGUACCCGCCCGGGAACUAGGCGUCCCAGGCCAGAGUCUACAGGUCGCACAGCUCACAUCCGUCGACGGCCAGGACGUGAGGGGGGUGUCGGCCAAGGAGUAUCUGGCCAAGAAGCGGAGGUUGGGGAUGGGCUGGGCAUUUGUCGUUAGAUGGGAUCUGGUUUAG